AUGCCGCCGAUGCACGCGUCGGCCGCGCCCUCUGGCAGCGCCGUGCUCGCCGUGCCGCCGCCUGCGCAGCCCGCCAGCACGUCGCCGCCCAAGCCCUCGCGCCCGUCGCGCACCGCCAUGGCCGCCGCAGCUGCCGCUGCCGGCGGCGCACCCGCAGGCGAUGCCGCCAGCCUGAUGAUUGCCUACCAGCGCAAGCAGGCGCGUGCCGCCAACAGUGGCGAGGCAGGCAGCGCGCCGCGGCGGCCCGGCGGCGGACGUGUGCGGGAGCGCGAGCGCGAGCAGGAGGCUGCUGAUGCCGCCCGCGAGCGCAGCGCCUCCCGCCCCGCCACGGGCCGUGAUGGCGCGCUGCGCGCCGUCGUACGCGGCCCGGCCGGCAGCGGCGGCGCUGUGCGCCUCUUCGACCCCGAGCGGGACGACAUCCCGCGCGCUGCUGACGACGAGGCGCGGGCACGCGAGCGGCGCGACCGCGACCGCGCCCAGCUCGAGGAGAAGCAGAAGCGCCAGGAGCUGCGAGUGCGCGUGCUCGAGGGGCCCAAGAAGGACCGGCCGGCCCCGCGCAAGGGCAGCCGGCGCGGCGACGAUGAUGCAGGCGGACAUGUGGCGCGCGAGUCCGACAGCCAGCACAGCGGCAGCCGCAGCGGUGCCGGCGGUGGCCAGCUCUUCGACCCACGUCGCGACGACCCGGUGCGCUUCGCCGCGCUGGCCAAGCGCGCGCCGGGCGUCGCCAAGCCGGGCAUGUCCAGCACGCACGGCUCCACUACGAGUGCCGGCGGCAGUCUGGCGUCUGCGUCAGAGGCGCGCAGCAGCGCCGCCUCGACUGCGCCGCCGCCGUCGGUGACUUCGUCCGAGGCGUCGCGCGAGCGCCGGCGCCGCCGCGGCGCUGCGCAGUCGGACACGUCCGACGCCGAUGCCGAGGCGCGCAAGCCGCAGAGCGACACGAACAGCUACGUGCUGGAGCUGAAGCGCACGUACCGCGAGAUUACAACGCUCGAGACGAAGCUCAAGGAGGAGCACCAGACGGACGAACGCGAGCAGCGUGCGGCAGGCCGAAAGGCAGACGGCAGCCUGGAGCAUGAGUUCUGGCUGCGUCUGACCAGCCAGCAUCGCCAGCUCGCCGAGACACAUGCCGCGUUCAUGGAGAUGGCGCUGCGGCCCGGCCUUCCUUCGUCGCUGCACUCGCUGCCGCAGCAGUACAGUAUUCCGAGCCGGCUAUGGGCCACGGGCUUCCACGUGAUGCUCGAGCGGCUGCGCCACGCGCUGCCCUCGGCGCCUGCCGCUGCCGCGACCCACGCGGCGCUGCUGGACCACCUCACCGAGUUCAUCUACUUUGCGUAUGCCUUCUACUCGAACCUACUCGAGGCCGAGACGUUCCGCACGUUCCGCGGCGCGUGGAUCGAGAAUCUGGGCGACCUGGCGCGCUACCGCAUGGCGGUCGCCGGGCUCGCAGCGUCGCGCAGCAACGCCGAGCCGCGCCCACAGGUCAGCUUUGCGCGCAUCGACGACGACGACGCGGACAAGAGCCGGCCCGACGCGCGGGCCGAGCAGGCCAGCAUUGGCACGGCCGCGCUGGGCGAUUGGGAGCUGUCCGAGGUCGAGACGUGGCGCGUGACGGCACGCGACUGGUACGCCAAGGGUCUGGCCGAGACGCCCGGCACGGGCCGGCUGCACCACCACCUCGGCGUGCUGGCGCGGCCCGACGAGCUGCGCACGCUGCACCACCUCUGCAAGAGCCUCACGAGCGCCCACGCGCACGUCGCCACGCGCGAGAGCCUGUUGCCGAUGUUCGACGGCGCGCACCAGCGGCGCCGCGUGCAGCCCGACGCCAGCGCCUCGAACCUGUUCGUGCACCUCCACGGCAUGCUCAUCACGCGCGUGCAGCUUGAUGACUGGGAUGCGACGUUCGAGCGCUUUACCGAGGCACUGCGCGCGCAUGCCGCCAGCCGCACGCCGGCGUGCUGGAUGCAGCUGGCGGCCAUCAACAUCGCUGCGCUGCUGCAGUAUGGCGCGGAAGACGCAUUGCUUGCGCCGCCGGAGAACAAGGCCGCGCAGCAGGACGGCAAAGGCAGCCCGCCUGCCGAGCCAGCCAAGCCGCUGCCGGUCGAUAGCGAGGAGCCGCCGCUGGUGCUGCAGCACGCGAUCCGCCUCACGUUUGCCAUCCUCGAGAUCGCCCUCUCGCUGGAUGCUGCGCCGAGCGCCUACGUCACGAUGCUCCUGACCUUUCUCGCUUCGACACUCAAGCAGCCGCACUCGCUGCGCCUCCUCGAGCGCGCCAUUCCGUGGGCGGCGCUCGUGGCGCUGGCGUCGCGCGCGCCCGAGACCAUCGACCCGCGCUGCGAGAUCGCCAGCAAGAUCAGCACCGACAUGCCGCUGCCCGAGGACUGGUGUCUGCGUGGCAUGGCUUGGGUCGGCCGGCGAGUGUACGAGCGUGGCUUCUGGAAGUCGCGCGGCGCCCGCCCGGCGCUGUGCUUCGAGUCCGAGGUCGACGUGCUGUCGCGCGACUUUGAGGCGGAUGAGGACGAGGCUGAGCCGAGCCUGGCCACGCUGCGCUGGCGGCGUGCGGCUUACGCCCUGACGGUGCUUGCCAAGACGGUGCCGGGCCUUGACUUUGAUGCCGAUGCUGCAGGUGGACGCGGCGCGCUCGUGCUCGUCGACCCGCUGAGCGCCAAGUGCUCCACCUGGCUGGCCGAGGACCUCGAGGCGCGCGAAGCCAGCAAGCGUGCGCAGCUGCAGGCUCUGCCGAGCGAGGCCGUCGACGAUGGCGAAGAGGACGACGACUCGCUCAGCGAGGAGGAGCCCGACGACGCCAACGACUCGCCCGAGAUUGUCGAGCUCAAGGCGCGUCGGCGCAAGCUCAAGGCGAUCCUCCGAGCCGCACGCUCGCACACGCGCUCGCCGGCCACGCCCUCGCGCCGCAAGACGUCGGCACCUGCUCGCCGUGCUCCCGUCCCGCUGCUGCCCGGCUACACGAUUCUCGUGCUCGACACCAACAUUGUGCUCACCGCCGGGAGUGUGCUGGAGCAGCUCGUCGACUCGGCGCGCUGGACCGUGGUCGUGCCGCUGUGCGUCGUGACUGAGCUGGACGGACUCAAGCGCAACGCGACGCCUCUAGGCGCCGACGCUGCGCGGGCCAUCGAGUAUCUCGAGACGCGCCUGCCCACGCACGCCAAGUGCCUCAAGAUCCAGACGAGCCGCGGCAACUACCUGCCCGACCUCAGCUUCCGCACCGAGGAGAUCGACUUUGGCGCGCCCGCCGACGAUGCCACUGCGGCGGCGCGCAGCCUCGACGAGAUCAUCCUGCGCGCCGUCGAGUGGCAGGAGGCGCACUUUGUCGACCGCCGCGCGCUGCUCGCCGCACCGAUGGAGGAUGUCACGCCGGACAAGGCACGCGCCGUGCUCGUCACGCUCGACCGCAACCUGCGGCUGAAGGCGCGUGCCCGGGGCUGCCACACGAUUGGCCACGCCGAGCUGCUGCCGAUCCUGGCGCCCGAGAAGGGGUGA